AGACUCAUGAUUUAAACGCCUUAAACAAGGGCCUUAUAAAUUCUAGAAUAAUUAUGAAAAAUUCCCUAUGAUAAACCCAACUUCAUAGGGUUGUACGUUUAGCCUGGAUUAAAUAAAAAUAUCAUCCCAAACGUACAACUCCGAAAAGAAUAUCAUAUAAUUGCAAUACGAGAGGACAUAAACUUCCUUUAUAUACGUCACAUACUUUAUUGCCUUAACUCGAACUUCCUUUCUCCUUCCUAACAUAUCUCUCACUUUUUUAUGAUAAACACCGGUCGAACAAAACAAGCUUCACAUCUCGAAAAUCAGAAACCAAAGCCAUUUUCGGAGAAAACUAACUAAGAAACUCGUCCUAAAAUGUCUGUGUCGUUACCGGAGAACAAUAAGGAUGUCAGUCCUCAAUUAGAUCAGUACUAUGACCAGAUCUUCAGAAUCAGCGGUACUAGUACUAGUAGUACUACUGGUGUAAGCGAGAUAGAGGAAGAGGGUCCAAGCGGCGACGUUCCGGCGGAGAUCAAGGAGCUUUUCGAGAUGAAGAAGUUCGCGCCGAUGCCGUCCAUCAAGGAAGAGUAUGAUAAGGGGAGCUUGUACUCGAGCACAGAGGAUCACAGCGUCUACGUCGCCGUCGGGAAGAGCCCGUCCAGCCUGGACGCCUUGGAUUGGGCGUUGAGGCACGCGGUGAACCCGCCGUCGACCACGGUUUAUCUCAUUCAUAUUUAUCCAGAGACCCGGCAAAUCCCAACCCCUUUAGGAAAGCUUCCCUUGAGUCAAGUGAGUCCAGAGCAGGUGGAAAACCACAUGGCCCAAGAAAGAGGCAAAAGAAGAGAGCUCUUACAAAAGUUCAUCUAUAAAUGUUCAGCUGCCAAUGUUAAGGUGGAUACAAUACUGAUUGAGAGUGAUGGGCUGCCAAAGGCUAUCUUGGACCUAAUUGAUAUUCUCAACAUAAGGAAGGUUGUGCUUGGAACCACCAAAUCCAGUUUAAGGAAAUUAAAAUCAAGGAAAGGAACAGGGACGGUGGAUCAGAUACUCAAGAGUGCACCAGAAACUUGUGAAGUUAAGAUCAUAUGUGAAGGAAAUGAAGUGAUGAUCGAGGCGACAAUUGAGUCGCCGUCUCCACGUGGCAAUGUCGAUAGCUCCAGGGAAUCUGAUAACUCCAAGUCCAGGGAAUCUGAUAACUCCAAGUCCAUGCAAGAAGAAGAAGAAGAUCAGCGUAACGAAUCCAUUUCUUGCAUGUGUUUCAGAUCAUCCAAAUUACCAUAAGAUAUACAAGACAUCCCACAACGCGGGGAUAGCUCAGUUGGGAGAGCGUCAGACUGAAGAUCUGAAGGUCGCGUGUUCGAUCCACGCUCACCGCAAUCUCGAAAUAUUAUAUUUUUCUUUUUCCGUAAACUGCUCUUAGCCCGGCUAUGACGUGGAAAUGGAGGAUUUUGCUUCUAUUAUAAUUAUAAAAUAGAC